AUGCAUUUCCUCAGCACUCUUGUUCUAUCCUUUGUGGCAACCGCCUAUGCCACGCCCCUUGCUAUCAGGCUGGACAACACCGAGCCCCCAGAGAACACAACAUUCUUCAAGUGCGUCGAAGGCACCACGGACCCCAUCUGCCUUAAGAUUCGCGGACCAUCUUCCGAUGUCAUCACCGAGAUCGUUCAUCCGGACGGAACCGUCGAGGUCCAUCGCAACAAAUACACCCGUGAGCAACUGAAAGAUAUCCGUCACCAGAACAGAGUCAGGAGCGCCGAGCACAAGCCUGGCCACACCGCCCGCGAUGGAUCUGCCGCAUUCAUCAACGACUUCACCAAGAGAGAGUCUGCCCCUCCAGCCUGGCACCAGGUGGGAAAUUGCUUCUACUGCGACCAGUGUACUGAGGCUAUUGCAGUUGGUUUCUCGGUCUCUCAAACCUGGACUGUUGGUUUGAGCGCCAAGUUCGGCGAAGUCAUUGAAGCAACUUUCAGCUUCUCCUGGGGCGAGACGCAUACUCUGACUGAUACGCGAACAUGCCAGUGGAACUAUGUUGAGUCAGGGUGCCAUUCUAUUUGGAACCAGCCCUUGAUGUCCUAUCACAAUGGAUACGCCAACUAUCAGACUCACACGCACUGUGGCGCUGGUCAAGGCCAAGGAGCUUCGGAUUCUUAUUACGACCACAAUUGGGCGUAUGCCAACGUCAAUCAGAUCGGUAACAACAAUGGUGCCAAUCAGGGCAAUCUGGGGUGUGGCAGUGGAUGUCAAGGCAACGAUCACCGGCAGUGUCAGUACGGAAACAAUGGCGGUUCUCUCUGGCCCAAUUCGAACUAG